AUGCCAAAAUGUCUCAGAGCUGUAGCAGCUGCUGAAAAAGCCCUUUUGGCCUCAAGAGAUAUAGUUGGCUACGCUCCUUUGACUCUCCUUGUGCCACAUGCGGUCUCUUUGAUCCUUUCUGAGCAGAAAACAUCACACCUUUCGGCUGCUAGACACCUUAGGUAUCAUACGUGUCUUCUUGACAUGCCUAAUGUCACUCUUAAGAGGUGUACUGUUCUAAACCCUGCUACUCUGCUCCCUCUUCCACAGGAUGGUGAGCCUCAUGAUUGCAUGGCUGAACUUUCAGCAUCUUGUUCUCCAAGACCUGAUCUGACAGAAACGCCCUUGACAAAUCCUGACCUUGUCCUCUAUGUAGAUGGCUCUGCUUCAAGAGACCCAGCUACAGGUCUCUGCCGUGUUGGUUUUGCUGUUUGUUCUGACUAUGACGUGAUGAUGUCAUCAUCUCUUCCACCUCACUUCUCAGCUCAAGCUGCAGAACUUGUGGCCUUAACAACUGCCUGCCAAUUAGCUAAGGGUAGAUCUGUAAAUAUCUACACUGAUUCCAGAUAUGCUUUUGGUGUUGUUCAUGACUUUGGUGCACUUUGGAAACAUAGAGGUUUUCUGAAAUAUGAUGGCAAGCCCGUUUUGCAUCACACACUCAUUGCAGAUCUCUUAGAUGCCAUCCUUCUUCCUUCUGCCAUUUCUGUGUGUAAAUGUGCUGCUCACACUAAUGCCUCUGACCCAAUUUCUACAGGUAACGCUCGAGCGGAUGCAGCUGCGAAGGCAGCUUCUCUUCUCCCUUUGUUUGACUCUUCUGUAUCACGUACUUUGGUUUCAGUUUCUUCUGACGUACCAUCUUCCCUCAGUGCUGUUCAAUCUUUUGCGUCUCCAAAAGAUAAGCAACUUUGGAGAAACGCAGGCCCCGACAACAACCCGUGUUUGCCUUCCCAUUUCUUCCCUCACUAUGCUAAAUUGACGCAUGGGUCUGACCAUGCAUCAAAAGGAGGGAUGCAGCAAAUGAUUAAUACAUUUUGGUUCACAAAAGGGUUUUCUGCCUAUGCUCAAAAACACUGCCAAGCCUGUGUUAUCUGUGCUACUCACAAUGUAGGCAGGGCAAUCCAACCUUCCCAACAAGCUGCUCAUCCUCAACCAACUCGACCUUUUGAGCAUGUCAUGAUGGAUUUUGUAGAACUAACUCCAUCAGAAGGAAAGUCUCAUUGUUUAGUGAUGGUAGACAUGUGGAGCAAAUGGGUUGAAGUGUUCCCAGCCUCAAAACAAUCUGCCUCAGUAGUAGCUAAAGCCCUUCUUACUGAAAUCAUUCCCAGAUGGGGAAUUCCAGCUAAAAUCUCCAGUGAUAAUGGUAGCCAUUUUGUUAAUUCAGCUAUCACUGAACUGAGCCUAUACUUAGGCAUUAACCUGAGAACACACUGUGCCUACCACCCAGCUAGUGGAGGUGCAGUAGAGAGGGAGAAUGGAACACUAAAGAACAAGCUGGCCAAGUGUUGUGAAGACACAGGUCUUCCAUGGACAAAAGCACUUCCUCUAGUGCUUAUGUAUAUGAGAAUGCGAAAACGAAACAGAACUAACUUGAGCCCCUUUGAGAUUCUUUUUGCAACUCCUCCUUCUGUAGGUGUGGAAACUCCCCGAUCUCCACCCCCAUCAACAGCUCUUUGUGAUCACAACACACUAACCUACUGUACCAAUCUAUCCAAACAGCUCUCUGAUAUAAAGAAACAGGUGAUCGCAGCCCUCCCUGUUCCAGCCAGUGGUCCCCUGCACCAGCUCGAACCAGGUGACUUCGUGGUCGUAAAAGACUUCAGGAGGAAGUCGUGGAGGAACAGGAGGUGGCAAGGUCCGUUCCAGAUCCUGCUGACAACCCACACUGCUGUGAAGGUCGCUGAGCGGGCUACCUGGAUCCACGCCAGCCACUGCAGAAAGGUUCCAGCACCCCCUGCUGGUUCGACUGAAAAAAACUACAAACUCCGGAGGCUGCUAAGUAAGACUUUGCGUUCACAACAGGCACACAGGUGACCAAGGGCCCGAGGAAAGAAGACAACAAGUGGCGUGCAGACGUAGUUUCUGUGUCACCUUCGUGGGCGCAAGAAGACCUACACCACACCACACCCUACACCUGUUACAACAUUUCACUGUCUUUAUUUUUCACACAGUGACUCUCCCCAUGCAAGUCUGUAUAUUUUUAUGUGCUGUUUGUCCAGCUGUAUUAUUCCUAUGGUUAAGAAAGUUGUGGGCUCCUUGUUCUCGUUGCAGAUGGUGCGCUAUCACAUGCUUUCUGUCUCUGCUCCUGCUCCCCAGGUGACUUUGGAUGACAUAGCUGCUGCUUAUGCCCUGACCGAGGACACGAGCACAGACGACUCACACACUGAUGCUGACUCUGAUGAAUGUGUAUAAAGGAUUUUGUUUGACAGUAACCCAGUUCUCUCUUUGCUAUGCUCUACUCAGGAUGCUUUCAUCCACAAAAACAGCUUGCAACUUUUAACUUAAGGUUUUCCAUUGAAUUGUAUUCUGUGUGACGACUGAUCGUAAACCAGUUGGAAUGCUCAGUCUGAAGUUUUUGAAUACUGUUCUUUUCUCCUAUUUGAUUGUCAUCUGGGAUUUUGUUGUGUUAUAUGAUGUGUGCAUAUUUUGGUAAUUCUAUUGUUGAUUGUGUUUUAUUGGUUGUUUUUCUCUUCCUCGUUUAUCCUUAAGGAUAAAAAGGGGGGAAAUGUAAUGGCAUAUUACAUGCACACAGACGUUUCUUUAGGUCACACAAGGUUCAGUGGAUAGUUGUUUCCUGGGUCACACGAGGUGUAGCGGGCAAUUAUGAGUUUCCCGUUUUAUCUCAAGGUCCCUGUCCUCCCUAGAAACUCCCUGUUCUCUAUUGAUAUCUGCUCGUUCUCACAACACCUUAUUGGCAUCAUAUCAGACAACUACUCUGACGAAUAUCCUGUUUCUAUAUCACGUACACAUAUUGCUGAAGACAUGUUUAUAUACGCCUUGUUUCUCUCUGCUCAGUGUUGUUCACUUUGCAGACUCUUCGACUCUGUAAACUGUGCUCCUCUGGUUGCAACUCAGAUUAAAUCAACUUGCUUGUA